AUGGCUACAUCUACAAAGUUUAUGCGAGAGUACAAGCUCGUCGUUGUUGGUGGCGGUGGCGUCGGUAAAUCUUGCCUCACCAUACAAUUGAUUCAGAGCCACUUCGUCGACGAAUAUGAUCCUACUAUUGAAGAUUCCUACCGUAAGCAGUGUGUCAUUGACGAUGAGGUCGCCCUUCUCGAUGUCCUCGAUACCGCUGGCCAAGAAGAGUACAGUGCCAUGCGAGAGCAGUAUAUGCGCACAGGCGAGGGUUUCCUGCUCGUCUACUCCAUCACCUCCCGCCAGAGCUUUGAAGAAAUCACCACAUUCCAGCAACAAAUCUUGAGAGUCAAGGACAAGGAUUACUUCCCCAUGGUCGUCGUCGGCAACAAGUGCGAUCUCGAGGGCGAGCGCGAGGUUUACAGACAUGAGGGCGAGGCCCUGGCUAGAUCCUUCAACUGCAAGUUCAUUGAGACCUCUGCCAAGUCGCGAAUCAAUGUCGAUCAGGCCUUCUACGACAUUGUCCGCGAGAUUCGCCGCUUCAACCGCGAAAUGCAGGGCUACUCCACCGGUAGCGGAGGUGGCUCCGGACUCAACGGCCCCCCCAAGCAGAUGGACAUGGACGACGGCGGCAACGAGGCCGGCUGCUGCGCCAAGUGUGUCAUCAUGUGA